UCAACCGCUUUGCCUGCUUAUAUGCCUAUCUGGGCCCUGGUUAGGACUCCUGAUCUUUUCUUCAUAGAUCCUUCAAAAUGGGAGAGAUGGUAGACUUUUGCCCUCAUCUGGAUUCUAUUGGAGAAGUCACCAAGGAGGACUUGAUCUUAAAAUCCAGGGGAACAUGUGAAUCAUGUGGAGCUGGUGGACCCAAUCUCUGGGCAUGUUUGCAGGAUGGCUGCCAAUAUGUGGGUUGUGGAGAGUCCUAUGCUGAUCACAGUACAUUGCACGCCCAGGCUAAGAAGCACAAUCUCAUCGUGAACCUGACCACAUUUCGUGUCUGGUGCUAUUCUUGUGAGAAAGAAGUGUUCAUGGACUCCGGAGCACCCUCACCUACCCACUCCCACUCUACGUCACCAAGGCUUAGCCACAGGGAUGUGCCAUCUACCACUCACUCACUAAAAUCUGUGCCGAUCGCAGUGGCAGAUUAUGGCGAGUCAGAGAGCGAUGAGGAUGACUUAAAGCCCAGAGGCCUGACCGGGAUGAAGAAUAUAGGAAAUUCGUGUUAUAUGAAUGCAGCCCUACAAGCUCUCUCCAACUGUCCUCCACUGACUCAAUUCUUUCUAGAAUGUAGUGGGAUGGUGCGGACAGACAAGAAGCCAGCACUUUGCAAGAGUUACCAGAAACUGAUCUCUGAACUUUGGCACAAGAAGCGUCCUAGCUACGUGGUGCCCUCAAGUAUGUACCAUGGGAUAAAGCUGAUUAACCCCUUGUUCCGUGGAUACGCACAGCAGGACACGCAGGAGUUUCUCCGAUGUCUCAUGGACCAGUUACAUGAAGAGUUGAAGGAGCCCAUACCCAUUGAAAACCAAGAACAAGAUGAAGACGAGAGGGAAGUGGAGCGGGAGCCGGAACGUGGCAUCACAGAAGAUGACUCCAUGACAUGUGACUCUGGAGGGGAAAUGGGUGACAGGGACGGGAGAGAAGGUACUCUGGCUGAGAUGGAGCUGUUGAUCCGGGAACAAGCGGGGCGGUCCAUCUCAGAAAAGGAAAAGCUCAAGGAAAGGAGUCUUUCAUACUGUCACCGCAGAACCAGCUCCGAACAGGCGGAUGAAGAUGCUGAUGUGGACACAGCAAUGAUACCUGAGCCUGACAAUGAGGCCUACAUGAAUUGCUCCUCUCGCCCCUGCAGCCCUCACCCUGCUGAAAAGCACCCUAAACUCUCCAGCAGUCCACCUCGUUCCAGCCCCUUGCGAUCAGCACACUCAUAUGUCUUAAAGAAAGCGCAUGUCUUGAGUGGAGGAAAGCGCAAAUCUGAGAUCAAAUACCGCAGUGUCAUCUCCGAUAUCUUCGAUGGGUCCAUUCUAAGCUUGGUCCAGUGUCUCACCUGUGACCGGGUGUCCACCACCAUCGAAACCUUUCAGGACCUGUCUCUGCCUAUUCCAGGAAAGGAGGAUCUGGCAAAGCUUCAUUCCACCAUUCAUCAAACUGCUGUCUCUAAAAUAGGCACCUAUGGAGACUACAGCUCUCAGGGGUGGCUGGGCUACCUCAUGGACUACAUCCGCAGGUUUGUGGUCUCCUGCAUUCCAAGCUGGUUCUGGGGCCCGGUAGUUACAUUGGAGGACUGCCUAGCUGCCUUCUUUGCUGCUGAUGAAUUAAAAGGUGAUAAUAUGUAUAGUUGUGAGCGCUGCAAAAAGCUACGAAAUGGUGUCAAGUAUUGUAAAGUUUUACGGCUUCCAGAGAUUCUCUGUAUACACUUGAAACGCUUUCGCCAUGAAGUAAUGUAUUCUUUGAAAAUCAGCAGCCAUGUCUCCUUCCCCUUAGAGGGGCUAAACCUUCGUCCCUUCCUGGCUAAGGAAUGUGUGUCCCAUAUCACUACAUACGACUUAUUGGCUGUUAUCUGUCAUCAUGGCACAGCAGGAAGUGGUCACUACAUAUCAUACUGUCAGAAUGUGAUUAAUGGGCAGUGGUACGAGUUUGAUGACCAGUAUGUCACAGAGGUGCAUGAGACGGUGGUUCAGAAUGCAGAGGCUUAUGUCCUGUUCUACAGGAAGAGCAGCGAGGAGGCAGAACGGGAGCGGCAGAAAGUCAUAUCUUUGGCAGAAAUGAAGGAAUCUGGUCUACUGCAGUUCUACAUUUCCCGCGAGUGGCUCAAUAAAUUCAACACAUUCGCAGAGCCCGGACCAAUUAGCAACCAGAGCUUCCUAUGCUCACAUGGAGGAAUUCCUCCAAACAAGUAUCACUACAUUGAUGACCUGGUGGUGAUCCUGCCUCCGAAUGUUUGGGAAUAUUUGUACAAUAGAUUUGGGGGCGGCCCGGCUGUGAAUCAUCUCUAUGUUUGUUCAAUAUGUCAGGUGGAAAUCGAAGCAUUGGCAAAGCGCCGGAAAGCCGAGAUUGACACUUUCAUUAAGCUAAAUAAAGCAUUCCAGGCAGAAGAGUCCCCCAGCGUCAUCUACUGUAUCAGCAUGCAAUGGUUCCGGGAGUGGGAAGCCUUUGUCAAAGGCAAGGACAAUGACUCUCCAGGUCCAAUAGACAACAGUAAAGUGGCCCUGACAAAAAGCGGAGGACUCAUUCAGCCCAAGCAAGGUGCCGAUUAUGGGCAAAUCUCAGAAGAAACGUGGAACUACCUGUUCACAAUUUAUGGCGGAGGCCCAGAGAUAGCCAUACGACAAAGCAUCGCACAGCCCCAGGAGCCGGACAGUUUACACGGAGAGCAGAAGAUAGAAGCAGAAACACGGGCGGGCUAGCAAUGACCAGAGGUCAAGUGGACAUGGAACCCUAGUGGUAGCAUUGACUGCUGUGCCGGAUCACUGCACUCCUAGAAGCACCUUCAGAUGAGCUGUGCGCACUGUUUAUCCUUAGUAUUGUUCGGAACUAACGUUACAGACAAGGACUUCCCAGGUCUUAGUUUACCAAACCAUGGAUCAAUGUAGACUGAAACUUACCAAUGUAAUGAGCUAUUUAUGCAGAUCUUUAAUGCAGGGGAAGAAGGAACGGUAUGAUUAGCAUGCUGCCCAUGUGGCAGAGGAGGAGAGACAGCUACCAUUGCGACAACUGUUUACGGUAAGGAUUCGCAUUGUGACGGCUCAGGAUUGCUUUGCCCUGCAGCCAGCUUGUCUUACUGCUAGUAUCGCCUUGUGCAUAUAACACUCACUCUUCAGUCAGAUGGUGAAGGCGGGGAGUAGAUACAGUUACUGUGCUAGACAUCACA